AUGUACAAAGAAAAGGAAAGAGAAAUCCAUGUUUACAUGGCCAAGCUCGCUGAACUAGCUGAACGUUAUGAUGAUAUGGUUGACAGUAUGAAGAAAGUCGCAAAACUCGACGCUGGACUGACAGUAGAGGAAAGAAAUUUGCUUUAUGUUGGUUACAGGAAUGUUAUUGGGGCUCGAAGGGCUUCGUGGCGUAUUAUUUCUUCCAUCGAACAGAAAGAAGAGUUGAAAGGGAACGAGAACAACGUGAAGUUGAUUAAGGGAUAUCAUCAGAAAGUUGAAGAGGAGUUGUCCAAGAUUUGCCGGGAUAUUAUUGAAAUCAUAGACAAACAUCUAAUUCCAUCUGUUGGCACCAGAGACGCUACCGUUUUUUAUUAUAAAAUGAAAGGAGAUUAUUAUCGUUACCUUGCUGAGUUCAAGACUGGUCAGGAAAAGAAAGAGGCUUCUGAACAAUCAUUGAAGGGCUAUGAGGCUGCCACGGCCACUGCAAACUCUGAUCUGCCUUCAACACAUCCUAUCAGGCUCAGUCUUGCUUUGAACUACUCUGUGUUCUACUAUGAGAUUAUGAAUUCCCCAGAAAGGGCUCUUCACUUGGCUAAACAAGCUUUUGACGAGGCAAUAGCAGAGUUGGACACUUCAAGCGAAGAAUCGUCCAAUGACAGCAUCUUAAUCAUGCAGCUGUUGAAAGACAAUCUCAUGCUGUGGACCUCCAAUUUGCCCGAAGACGGAGAGGAACAAAUAAUCCGAGAAGGUACUGAUGAAAGUGCUGAUUCUGAAACAAAUCAACAGACGCCAAUCACAGAACUGCGUAGAUCAUCCAGGAUCAGGAAGCCGAUUCACAGGUACUCUCCAUCCCUCAACUACAUUCUACUCACUGAUAGGGGUGAGCCGGAAUGUUAUGAAGAAGCAAUGCAAGUCGAUGAAUCGACUAAGUGGGAGCUGGCAAUGAAAGAUGAGAUGGACUCCCUAUCGGCAAAUCAUACAUGGGAAUUAGCCGAAUUGCCAAAGGAUAAGAGGGCAUUGCAAAACAAAUGGGUUUAUCGGAUAAAGGAAGAACCCAAUGGAAGAAGGCAUUAUAAAGCAAGGCUGGUUGCAAAGGGAUUUCAACAGAAAGAGGGCAUCAAACGCUCACAAGAAGAAUAUGUGAGGAAAGUUAUCAAAAAGUUCAACAUGCAUGAUGCCAAGCCAGUCAGCACUCUCUUGGCUGGAGACUUUCGGUUGUCAAAGGAUCAGUCGUCGACAACCGAGGAUGAGAAGAAGCAGAUGGACAAGAUACCAGACAUUGCACAUGCAGUGGGAGUUGUCAGCCGAUUUAUGAGCAAUCCGGAAAAGCAACACUGGGAGGCUGUGAAGUGGAUAUUCAGAUAUCUGAAAGGUAGCUCGAGUUCAGCUCUGUAUUUCCGAAAAUCAGAAACAGGAUUGCAAGGUUAUGUUAAUGCUGACAACGGUGGUGAUGUUGACAAACUGAAGCUGUGUUCAGCUUCAGUUGGCCUGCACGAAGUAUGA